ACCCACAACACCUCACAACAUCUUAAAAAAAGGUUUUCUUAUUUUGUAUUUCUAGAGAAGAAGAAGAAGAAGCUCAAUCCAUGCUCUGUGGCUCAAUCAGCUCGCUCAAUACUUUUAUAAUAUCUUUGGUGGUACACUUGUGACGUCUUGUUGCUACGGCAACCGGUUCGGCAACCAUGGAAACUAAAAACAAACAAACAUUAUCUGUCAAAAAUCUUAGACUGAAAUCUAAAAGAAUGUUUUAACAAAUCAACAAAUACCUAAUAUUGUGAUUAAUAUCAUUACUUUGCUGUUCUGGUAAAACACAUACACCCGGACAUCUAACUUUAAGUAUAAUAACUUGCUGAAAUUAACAUAAAUUAAAAUAUAAAUCAUGACGCUUUACAUUGAUACAAAAUUGAAUUUCACCGAUGUGAAUAUGGUUUCCACUGUUGGAUCCUGGCAUCCAUCAUUACCAUUGCUAGCUGUUGGAUCCUACAACCAAGAAAAGGGUGGUUUUGUUACAAUCUUCCAAGAAAAUGGAUUAGCAUUAGAAGGCUGCGAAUGGCCGAUACUCUUGUCUAAUCAAGUGACAGCACUGGCGUGGCAUCCUACGAGACGCUUGUUAGUAGUGGGUUGGGACGGUGGAGAGCUCUAUAUUUGGUUGGAGUACUCAUGGGCUCGUCUUGAAGCACCCCACAAUGCUGCACUGACUACCAUCGCCUUCAGCCAUGGCGGCGGAAGGCUCCUGGCGUCGGAUGCUGCUGGAUCCUUAUCUGGAUGGCAAUCAGGUUCUGGUGCACCACUUACCUCCUUUCAUCACCAACUUGGAGAUGUUAUAACUCAUGUAACAUACUGUUCUCCUCGUCCCUCAUGUGAAUCUUCAAUAAGAGGUUUAGCUAGAGCAGCUGUUGCUGGAGAUGAAAAUGCUUUAGAUGCAUUAGCUGCAUGGCGUCCAAGAACUACGGCCCGAAUGAGAGAAGGCACCCAGCCUGAUAACCAUGCGUGCUAUGCUGCUCAAGACAAUGGGGUAAUUUUAUACAUUGAUCAUACUGGAGCAUGCUCUGAAGUUCUGAAUGCCCCAGGCAACAUAAUAUUCAUGGGUAUAAUAAGUAAUAUUUACCUACUCAUUGCAUGGGAGUCUGGAGGUGCUCUUAGUUUGACAAGGUUCAUAACAGCUGAUGAUGGAUCACUGACAACCGAUACACAUGUAAGAUUGGCAGCCAGGAAUGGUCAAAGUAUAGUACUUGCUGGGAACUUUUAUGUAGCUGUCAUAACUGGAGACAACUUAAUCAGAAUUUGGGAUAGUGAAACUGGGGACAAUGAUGUCUUGCCCAAUGAAAAAGAAGAAAUUGCUGCAGGUGACAUUUUCACCAGUAUAAGUUAUUGCAACUUGAGUGACACUCUGUGCUGUGGAACAUCCCAGGGUAAUUUAUAUCUGUGGCGCAGGGACCAUAGAAAUCAGUGGAAACUUAUUAGUAGUACAGCUGUUAAGGGUACAGUGAAAGAAGUCAGCUGGGGCUCUGAAGGCCUAAUGAACCCCCUUUUGCAUGUUAACUGUAUCACAAGCGCAUUUAUUCUUAGGGAACAACCAGUAUGUUGGGGUUAUUCUCCCAACGUUUGGAUGGUUCAGAGAUCUGCUGUUGAAAUAGCAGUUACAAAUAAAAAUAACUUGAUGUCAACUAUUGAUACUACAAUCACCAUUAAAGCAUUUGCUUUUAAGGAUCAAUAUGUAGCAUUAGGAGAUGGAAAAGAUGUACAGAUUUGGAUGUGCAGCAAAGAGAGUGAUGUGAAAUUUUCCCUGAUUCGAACUUUCCCAUGGAAAACAGAUGUUCUCAUCAUUCAUAAUGAUGUAUUGGUUGGCUUGGUAAAUCCACACAUUGAAUGUUACACAAUAACUGGUAACAGUUUAGGUAUUCUGCCAAGUACAGAAGGUGAAGGUGAACCGAUUGGCAUCACAAAUACAAACAAAUUCAUAACAGUUGCAACAAUGGAUGGAACACUUAAAUUAGUUGAAAUAACUAAAAAGGGUCUCAGAAUGCCCUUUCCCCCUAAAAACUGUUACCAAAUGAUUGAAGAUUUUGGGGAAGUUAUGAGAGCAUCAGUAAAUUCUGUUGGCAGAUAUAUUUGUUUGAGCAUUGCUAAUGCAGGUUUAGCACCCGACCCUAGGUUAUACCUUUGGGAUGUCGCCAAUGAUAGUGUCACAAGUAUGCAUCUUGAUGAAACUGCAACUCCACCAUACCAGAGUGUUCCAAUAGCAAUCAUUUGGGAUCACAAUGAUCCUAGAAUAUUAGCUGUUCAUAUGAGAUCAGCAGAUGUAGACAGCAUUCACUUGUUUUUUUGUCAUGAAGGAAAACUUUAUGAAUACAAAAACUGGUGUUCCUCAUCUGAAGAUUACUUCCUUACUGAUUUUAUGCUGUGUUCUCUGUACACACCUCAUGUUGUUAUUUUAGCGCAACAGAGCUUGAAGAAGAUAAUAAUGAAUGAAUUUUCUGAUUUUAGUGAUCCUGACCCAAGUAUUUUGCGUCAGAUAUUAGAUUUCUUGUACUACAUGACUACAGAGCAUUUAGAAAAAGCAGUUGUUGUUGGCACAAGUAUAUCUGGUGGCAAAAGUUCUAUUAUUUGGGACAGCUUGGCUAAAGUGUGUGUUUAUUGUAAGCGACCUGAAGUAGGCGCAGUAUGCCUGGGAAAAAUGGGGAAUAUAAAAGGUGCGCUCAUGAUGCGCAAAGUUAUGAAUGAUAAUAGCAUAGAUGAUGUAUGUAAAGUCGGAGUUCUUGCGGUAAACCUUGGUAUGACAGAAGAAGCUGAGAAGCUUUUUCGUGCAGCUCAGAGACCUGAUUUGGUCACUCGGCUUAUAUCAGCUAAGGAGGGUGGUCUCAAUGAAAUAAGUAAUGGCGAUAAUGAAGGAGAAAAUGUAUUGCUUGUAAAGAGUGCUCAGCAUAAGCUUGCUAAAGUGUUAUGGGCCAAUGGGGAAACAAGUGCAGCAUUAAAAUUAUUUGAAAGUGCUGGCACUCUGGUACCUCAUGUGCCCAGGAUGCUGAUUGCCCAGGGUCAAGCACAGUUACUUGCACAGUAUGUUGUCAAUUCUAAUGAUGUGAGCCUUAUAACUUGGUGGGGGCAUUACCUUGAAAGCAUCGGUGAUUUAGAAGGCGCACUCGAGGCUUACGCUCGCGCUAACGAUCAUGGGGAACAGACUAGGUUGCUGUGCCACAUGGAGCGAAUUGACGAAGCCGAGAAGUUGUGCCAUAAGGACCCGGCUUCUAUGUACCAGAUGGCGCGGUAUUUAGAAAUGCAGGCUGACAAAACGGAGAGUGCGGUGAAGAUGUAUAUUAAAUGUGGUGCUGUCUCAUCGGCGAUUCGCGUCGCUGCCGAGGCUAGUGCGUGGAACCUCGUGUGGCGCGCUGGCUCGGCGUCUCAAGCGCACGCUCUGCACGCAGCGUCGAUCCUUGAAAACGCUGGACAAAAUGAGCAGGCAAUAGCUUUGUAUCAAAAAGCAGAAAAACCGCACUUAGCAUUGAAGUUAGCACUUCAGUGUGGAGAUACAAACGCUAUGAUCGCUGCAGUUGAAUCGCUCGGAAAUCGCGUCGACCCAGAACUCGCUCACACGUUGGCUGCUCACCUGAGAAAAGCAGACCACCAUUCGCAUGCGGCCGCGUUACUGGCGACAGCUGGCAAGUAUGAAGAAGCUCUAGACAUAGUGGAGCAGUCAUCAGCUCCCCUGUCAGAAGAGCUGAGCGAGCGACUGGCCGCGCCCGCCGGCACGAGCGGCCGCGACGCGCUGCUCCGGCGCCUGGCAGACGUGCUGGGCGGGCGGGGGCUCUACCACCAGGCGGCCAAGCGCCUCGCGCACACCGGGGACAAGGCAGGCGCCAUGCGAUGGCUGAUGCGUUCAGGAGACGCAGACCGCAUCGCGACAUUUGCAGCGGCGACUCGCGACCGCGCUGCACAGCUAAUGGCAGCUGACUACUUGCGCAGAAGAGCCGACUGGCGUUCGAGACCAGACCUGACCAGGCACAUCUUGCAUUUCUACACCAGAGCCAAGGCGUACGGAAAACUUGCCGCGUUCUACGCAGAAUGCGCUAAAGUCGAAGUUGAUGAAUAUGACAACUAUGAAAAGGCAUUAGAAGCAUUAAAAGAAGCAACAAGAUGUCUUGCGAAGUCUUCUGAUCCAGAAUCAGGAGCUCAAACAAUGGCCUUACAAGAGCAGAGCACUAUAGUAAAACGUUUCAUAGACGUCAAGAAAACUUUAGAAUCCGGUGAAGAGAAUGCAGGUGUAACAAGUGGUCAACAAUUGCUGCGAACUGUGAGUGGUCGUCCCGGACUUAUAACCGAAGAUAAAGUCAUCAAAUUGCUUCUCCAGUAUGCUCCAAACCAUCCUGAUGCAGCACAACUGGAUCAACAGUUACGGGGAAUGCAGAAAUCGUCUGAGGAUGACAACCAAUCAACAGAGUCACCUGAUCAAAGUAUCGAAGAAGUUAUUUAAAUUCUCAAGUGCUUGUAGAAUGU